CCUUGGCGAAUUCGCACAGUUAAGCAGCUGUAACCAGCUGUAACCACGGGAAAAUUACCAAAAAAGAGGGAAUAAUAAUUUUGUUUUCUUAAAAAAUCGAAUAUUUUUCUGGAUUGGGAAUUUUUCUGUCAAUUCUUGUGAAGUGAAAAGUGGAGAAAGAGUGAGAAUAAUUAUUUGAGGGACUAUUUUUCGUCGUUCGACCGCCAUUUACAUCUUCCUCAACAGAUUCCCUUGUGAACUCUUUGUGAGACGCCUCAGUUACGUCUAUCGCACCUGAAUUAUUGAAUAUUUGAUAUAAACAAGUGAUUGUUAGCUCACAACUCCGUUUCAUUGUAACUUUAGAGUCAUGGCAUUCCGAGACAGAGACCGUAACGACCGUUCUCGUGGUGGUGGCAACCGCAGUUCAGGGCCAUCAGGUCCUCGUUACGGCAAUCGUGACCAGAACUCCCGUUUCUCAAACAAUCGCGACAACUCUUCCUUCAACAGUAACUCCUUCAAGAAUCGUCAGCCAGGCGAGCGCCUCCGCAAGCCGCGCUGGGACAUGAACAGUCUCCAGCCCUUCUCCAAGGACUUCUACCGACCCCACCCCAACGUCGUAGGCAGGAGUCCCCAUGCAGUUGAGGCGUAUCGUUCAGCGAAAGAGAUCACAGUGAAGGGGACCGGUAUACCAAACCCAAAUAUUUAUUUCGAGGAGGGAGGCUUCCCAGAUUACGUUCUCACUGAGAUCAGGCGACAGGGCUUCGGUGAACCCACAGCUAUCCAAGCUCAAGGGUGGCCAAUAGCUCUCUCCGGUCGAGAUAUGGUGGGCAUUGCGCAGACGGGCUCGGGGAAGACUCUUGCCUACAUCCUUCCAGCAAUUGUCCACAUAAAUAAUCAGCCCAGACUCAGCAGAGGAGAUGGACCAAUUGCUCUGGUCCUGGCACCAACUAGAGAGCUGGCCCAACAGAUCCAACAAGUUGCUGCUGACUUUGGUGUCUCUUCCCAGGUGAGGAACACUUGCAUCUUCGGUGGAGCUCCCAAGGGGCCCCAGGCCAGGGACCUCGAACGAGGCGUUGAGAUCUGCAUCGCAACUCCUGGGCGUCUCAUCGAUUUCCUCGAGAGAAGCACCACGAAUCUGCGAAGGUGCACUUACCUCGUCCUCGAUGAGGCUGACAGAAUGCUGGACAUGGGUUUCGAGCCGCAGAUACGCAAGAUCGUCGAGCAGAUCAGACCUGACAGGCAGACCCUCAUGUGGUCAGCAACCUGGCCGAAGGAAGUCAGGAAUCUGGCUGAAGAGUUCUUGACCAACUACAUUCAGAUCAAUGUGGGAUCACUGCAGCUGGCUGCCAAUCACAAUAUCCUGCAGAUUGUGGAUGUCUGUGAGGAGUAUGAGAAGGAGGGGAAGUUGAUGAAACUCUUGGAGGAGAUCUCCAAUGAGCCUGAGAACAAGACCAUUAUCUUUGUGGAGACCAAGAGGAAGGUCGAUGAUAUCACGAGGGCUAUCAAUCGUUAUGGCUGGCAGGCUAUUGGUAUUCAUGGGGAUAAGAGCCAGCAGGAGAGAGACUAUGUCCUUAAUCAAUUUCGAAGUAGCAGAUCUGCCAUUCUAGUGGCAACAGACGUAGCUGCACGUGGGUUAGAUGUGGAGGAUGUCAAGUUUGUGAUUAAUCUGGACUAUCCAUCCAACUCGGAAGACUACGUACAUCGAAUUGGACGUACGGGACGUUCACAGCGUACUGGAACGGCUUAUGCAUUUUUCACGCCUGGUAAUGCACAUAAAGCCAAUGAUUUGAUUCAAGUGCUGGAGGAGGCCAAACAGGUGGUCAAUCCGAAGCUGUAUGAGCUGUCGAGGAAUCCAGGUGUCUUCAAAAGGGGUCGUUUUGGAGGAAGAAAUAAUGGAAGUGGUCCCAGAAACAACACUGGACGUGGGGGUGGCGGAGGACGAGGUGGGGGGUCUCGAGGGGGGCGUGACUCUGGUGACAGGGGACGAUAUGAUCGUCCCGGUGGGAAUGAUAGAGGCAAGUGGGGAAGCAAUAAUGGCGCCGGUGGUGGCAUGGGUGGCAACAACUACAGUAAACCCUUCUCCCAGAACAAUUUCGGUGGCAACAAUCCCAACAACAGUUACAAUCAAAAUGGAAAUUCCUACGGCAAUACCGGCUCAUACAAUCGAAAUGGUUAUUGACCCACCAGGAUGUGAAUGCUCCAGACUAACUGAAUAAUAAUCCACCAAGCAUAACAACCCUGACACCUAGAGCAUGGAUGGGAGGAGCGCAGAAAAAAAAGAGAAAACUGUGACGAAGCACAACAGUGCAUAGAACUAAAAUACUGGAGAGAGAAUAUUUUUAAAUGUAUAUUUGUUGUCUCGAUCGUGAGACAGCAAAAUGAUUCAAGAUGCACCAUCAAUACAACAUCUUGAGUGCAGACGAGUGACUGAAUCGGAAAUUUAAAAUUAAUAUGUCAUACAAAUGUACGCAUUUUCAUUAACUACCGCGGAUACAGAUACUCGUAUAUUCAUAAAGAAUCGUAAACAUUUGCGUUGGGUAUAAAAAGUUUAGAACUACUGUGAAAAUGAGAGAAAAUGAGAUACCAACUAGGGAAAAUUGAUUAAAACAAUCUUAGACAAUGUAGAAUUAAUCUUGAAAACUACUUAAUAAAAUAAAUGAAAAUUCUAAUAUA